AUACUUUAAGCUUUAUUAAACAAAACUUUAUUUAACAUGUAACAUUUUUAGCAUUUAGAGAGUAAUAUUUAACAUUCAGAGAUCAAUAUAUAUUUUCAUUUCAAAAAUUUUACUAGAUUUUGCAGUACACGUGGCUACCGUGACCAGAUUGAUCAAAAGCUCCACAGUGCAUUGUCUACAUUGUAAUUUUUCUCAAUUUGACCCUCUUAGUCUCAUGGGGGCAGUUCUGUAAAAUCAAUGCAAAGUAAUUAGAAAAUUUUAAAUUCUAGAUGCUGUGAAUAUAUCAGUCAUCUCCUUUAAUAUCCACUCAAUGGAAUACCUUUUAUAAAUACUAUCAUUUAAUAAACAUAUCUGGAAAAUAAAGUUCCCAUAGAUCCUAAUUAAUUAAUGAUGUAAAUUUGCCUUAGCAUAUUUGGGGGAAAGUAUUUUCAGUUUUCUAUCCUCCAGUAGCUCAGCAUCACUUUUACUCCCCUUUUGAGCAAAAAUUAUAGUCAGAGAUGAGCAUUUCAAUUUGCAGCUGACAGUUUAGGGUUAAGAUAUGAUUCCAGGUAACAGAAGCCAAUGAGAGUACACCCAGUUGAUGUUUGUGACAUCAUCUUCCAGUCGGAGUACAUAGAAGCGCUGAGGUAGCGUUCAGCUUCAGCCUCAGUGCCAUUAUGAUGGAUGUUUAUAUCUCUUCAUUGAGAGCCAAUUAUCUCGCUUUUGUGUGAGGCCCAGGGAUCACUCAUGCUGCCAGGCUGCACGGAGCACUGUUGGAUGUAGCUGAACCAAUUGUUUUCUCUGUCUCUGUAUAUCCACAUUUUCUACACAGGACUGAUUGUGACUACUUCUUUCUUAAGGAGAGAAUGCUUAAAUUUCACCAAGUGAAACAUAUUUUUGAUGUACUAGAUAAAAUGCGAUGCCUGCGAAAACGUUCUACUGUCUCAUUCUUGGGAGUUCUUGUCAUUUUCCUUCUGUUUAUGAACUUGUACAUUGAAGAUAGCUAUGUUAUGGAAGGAGACAAACAGAUUUUAAGAGAAACAUCUACACAUCAGCUGAGUCCAGAACACUACAUGCAUACUUUCAAAGAUUUGUCUAAUUUCUCAGGAGCCCUCAAUGUCACCUAUCGCUACUUAGCUGUCAUGCCUUUACAAAGAAAGCGAUUUCUUACAAUUGGACUUUCAUCAGUGAGACGAAAAAAAGGAAGCUAUUUACUUGAGACAAUCAAGUCAAUUUUUGAGCAAUCCAGCUAUGAAGAAUUGAAGGAACUUUCAGUGGUGGUUCAUCUAGCUGACUUUAACUCAUCCUGGCGUGAGGUCAUGCUGCAAGAUAUUACACAGAAAUUUGCCCACCAUAUUAUUGCUGGAAGGUUAAUGGUUAUACAUGCUCCAGAGGAAUAUUACCCAAUCCUGAGUGGCCUUAAAAGAAAUUACAAUGAUCCAGAAGAUAGAGUCAGAUUCCGUUCCAAGCAAAAUGUAGAUUAUGCUUUUUUGCUCAACUUUUGUGCCAAUAUUUCAUACUAUUAUGUAAUGCUUGAAGAUGAUGUUCGUUGUUCAAAAAAUUUCUUAACUGCCAUCAAGAAAGUCAUUGCAUCCUUAGAAGGAACUUACUGGGUAACCCUUGAGUUCUCUAAACUUGGCUAUAUUGGAAAACUUUAUCAUUCUCAUGAUCUCCCACGUUUGGCACAUUUUUUAUUAAUGUUUUAUCAAGAAAUGCCUUGUGAUUGGCUAUUGACUCAUUUCCGGAGUCUGUUAGCUCAGAAAAAUGUGAUUCGUUUUAAACCAUCUCUCUUUCAGCACAUGGGUUAUUAUUCAUCAUACAAAGGAACUGAGAAUAAGUUGAAGGAUGAUGAUUUUGAAGAAGAGCCAUUUGACCUCCCAGAUAACCCUCCUGCAAGUCUUUAUACCAACAUGAGUGUUUUUGAAAAUUAUGAUGCAAGCAAAGCCUACAGUAGUGUUGAUGACUACUUCUGGGGGAAACCACCUUCAACAGGAGAUGUCUUUGUGAUUAUAUUUGAAAAACCAAUUGUAAUCAAAAGAAUUAAAGUGAAUACUGGAACAGAAGAUCGACAAAAUGAUAUUUUGCAUCAUGGAGCUCUAGAUGUUGGGGGAAAUAUUAGAUAUUUUAAACAAAAUAGACAAUGUGUUACUUAUAUUAAACUAGGAGAAUUCAGAAAUGGAAACUUUGAAGUAUCUGAUGUAAAUACAAAAAUUCCAUUUGAUAUCCAUUGUAUGAGGAUAUAUGUUACCAAAACACAAAAGGAAUGGCUGAUUAUUAGGAGUAUUAGCAUUUGGACUUCUUAGCCAAUUAAAUCAGUAUGUCCAGUUACUGAAGCAGGUCUUCCUGUUUCCUGCUUUGCUACUUCCUCUUUUGCUCCCUUUGUCCUUUAGAGGGAAUGCAAUGGAUUGGAUAUUUAAAAAGUCAAUCAUUUUGGCAGUUUUGAUCUGCUCAUUGUCAGCAUACUUUUACUCUUAUACACACAUUUAUUUUAACUUUUGAAGCUGAGAAUCAGUUCAUAGUUAGUAAUACUUUUGUUUAUAUUUUAAUGUUAUUGUGUUACUUUCAAAAUUUCACCUGCAUGUCAAAAAGGUGACAUGAAGGAUUUAAAAUGAGAAAAUGUGGUUUGUUCAAUGGUGAAUCUUGAAAGAUAGUUCCCACUGUAUGCACUUAGUCAAGAAUUUAUUUCAUUAUAUCAUCAGAUAAAUUUUAUUAAGCAUCUCUGUGACUAUGCAGUUGGUUAGAAUAAUAAUCUGUCUUGUUUUUCUUGUAAACUUAGGUUUCCAUAGACUUCUGUACAUCUACAAUGAAUACCUCCUCAUAGAAGUGAUGUCUUUACAACAGAAUUUUGUGUGUCUCUGAGGUGAUGAAAAGAAGAAAAAAAACUUAAAAAUAUCCUCCCCUGAUUAUUUAUAUAGCAGGGGAAAUUGUUCAAUGUAUAAAAAUUUGAACACCUACUGUCAAUAAAUUUUCUGUGGGAAGCA